AAACAGCUGCGUCUCCUUAAACAUGUGAAAAAACCCAACAACACCGCAAAAUCCAACAACUAUAUAUAAUUGCCUCCUCACUUUCACAAUCACAAACCAAAAUAAAAAACUCUUAUAUUCUUUCUCUCCUAUUUUACAUAAAGUUUUAAUCAAAUUGAACCAAAAUGAGAAUGAGUUGUAAUGGGUGUAGAGUUUUAAGAAAAGGGUGUAGUGAAGAUUGUAGCAUAAGACCAUGUUUGGAAUGGAUCAAGUGUCCUCAAUCACAAGCUAAUGCUACUCUUUUUCUUGCUAAGUUUUAUGGUCGUGCUGGUCUCAUCAACCUCAUCAAUUCUGGUUCUGAAAAUCUUCGUCCUGCAAUUUUUCGUUCAUUGCUCUAUGAGGCUUGUGGGAGGAUCGUGAACCCUAUUUAUGGGUCAGUGGGUCUUUUAUGGUCUGGUAGCUGGCACCUCUGUCAAGCCGCUGUGGAAGCCGUUUUGAAGGGCGAGCCGAUCACUCCGAUAGAUUCGGAGGCUGAUGAAAAUGAGAGGGGCCCACCAUUCAAGGCCUAUGACAUACGCCACGUGUCAAAAGAUGAGAACUUGGAGGAGACUAAGCAGGUUAGGACUCGGUCCCGGUUCAGACGAGCCAUGAAGCCGAAGCCAAGCAAAGAAGUUGGGUCCGGUUCAGGGUCCAGCUCGGCCAAAGAAGUGGACCGGUCCAAAAGCCAAGAAUCUUCGCUGAGCCAGCCGGGUAAAGAUAGUGAAAGUGGGGUUUCUGUGGAGACUUCAAUACUUUUUCAUGAUGAGUCGGAGUUUGAACCUGAGUCACAAGCUAAGGUAAAGGGUCGAGCUGAGGGCCGAGCUGAGGAAGGUCUGAGUGAUGGGGUUGGCUUGGAGCUUAGGCUUGGUAUCGAACCGGUGUCGCGUGAGGAGUUCAUGGUUCCCAUUAAGAAGAGGAAAAUUGUGUUGAAGGAUUGUAGUGCUUCCUCCAAGGUGGAGCUUGGGCUUGAACUUUCAGCUUAAAUGGCUUGAGCUGUUUGUGACUCAAUCGGCUUAUAUAUGAGACUUUUGGAAGAGAAGAGGAGUUUAGAUGUAGAAAGAAUCUUUAUUAUUAUGCCUUUAUUUUAAUUUUCUUGGAACUUUUCUCCUCUAUUUUUGGGUUAACCUUUGUGAAUGAGGGGAUGUACAAAUUUGGUUGGUAUGUAGAGGAAAAAGAAAAAUUAUAAAUAAACUAUAAAGUGUUUAAUACCUA